AUGUCGACAAGUUUUACUGUUAAUCUUGAAAAUGUGACGCUCAGCUCAACGACAGAGAUUUUGACAUAUAUUCAAUUGACAUACGGAAUUCCGUCCUUUUUUAUGAUGAUCUUCACUUUGUUUCUUAUUGCGUUCGGGAAAGUGUACAAAAGUAGCUUUUACACUCUUGUCAUAUUUGAUUUGUCUACAAAUAUCUGCGUUUACCUUAACACAUGGAUCGCGAUCCGGAUAGAAAUGCAUCCAAACUUGGUAUUCUUACUCAAAGCUGUGGAAUAUACGAUUCCCGGCUCUUUGACUUGGUUCAAGUACUUCCCUUAUUGGUUUUUCCACAUGCACUUUUGGACAUCUGCUUUAUUAACUGUUCAUAGACUUUCAUCAAUAUUUUUGUUCCAUCGUUAUGAAUCAUUCUGGUCGCGUUGGUACUUUAUUUUGCUAAUAUUUGCAAUAGCUUGUAUCUGCAGCCACUUACCAAAAUAUCUAUGGACAGGGUUUCUAUACGAAGUUUAUAUUAUUGAUGACGUUUUUAUUUGUAUUCAUUUUCCCUUGGCACUCAAAGCGGCAUAUAAUGUUGUUGCUGUAUUCUCGGUAAUAUACUUCCUGCUUAAUCUGUCAAUGGGUUUGAUAACAGCAUUCAUGGUAUCUAAGAAAUUCCAAGGAGGAAGUACUCUCAAUGCGAGUAUCUCCAGAAAGCUGACAAAAAUAUCGCUUACCUAUUCAGUUGUCUACACCUCGGAGGUUAUGUGGAGUGUACUAAACUCUUGCAACUCAUAUCUAAACUUUCUACCCGAUUUUUUCCUUAAAUUCAACAAUAUGCUGUUAGUUUUUGCGUCUGAUAUUUUCACAUUAUCUCUACCUUUUAUUCUUUUGAUCUACGACUCAAAUGUGAAAAGUGAUUUGUUUAGGAUCACCAAGCAAUCUGCACCAGGAACUUUGCUUGUACUCACUAAUUGA